AUGGCUUCUACCGAAACUCAAACUGCCCUUCAAACGGCGUCUCCAGAUGGUACAGGUGUUAUCCAGCUUGAUCCUUGGCUUGAGCCCUUCCGCGAUGCUCUGAAGCAGAGGUUCCAGUAUGUAGAGAGCUGGGUCAAGACGAUUAAUGAAACUGAGGGCGGGUUGGACAAGUUUAGCAGGGGCUACGAGAGAUACGGUCUCAAUGUCAACGCCAAUGGAGACAUCACUUACAGAGAAUGGGCGCCUAAUGCUGUUGAAGCUGAGCUAGUUGGGGACUUUAACAAUUGGGAUGUCACGGCCCACCCGAUGACGAAGAACAGCUUCGGUGUCUGGGAGAUUACAUUGCCUGCAAAAGAUGGGGUCCCGGUGAUCCCUCAUGACAGCAAAAUCAAGAUAACCAUGGUCACUCCUGAAGGAGAACGAAUCUACCGAAUCCCUGCAUGGAUCAAGCGUGUCGUGCAAGAUCUUACUGUGUCUCCGACAUAUGAGUCGGUCUUCUGGAACCCUCCAGCUACUGAGCGCUAUCAAUUCAAGCAUUCGCGCCCAAAGAGGCCCGAAAGCCUUCGUAUCUACGAGGCCCACGUGGGUAUUUCUUCUCCAGAAACGAGGGUCGCAACUUACAAAGAGUUUACUGCCAAUAUGCUGCCUCGCAUUAAGUAUCUGGGAUACAAUGCGAUUCAACUUAUGGCCAUUAUGGAACAUGCCUACUACGCCAGCUUCGGGUACCAGGUCAAUAGCUUCUUCGCGGCCAGCAGUCGCUAUGGUACGCCGGAAGACCUGAAAGAGUUAGUAGACACAGCACAUAGCAUGGGCUUGGUGGUGCUUCUUGACGUCGUCCACAGCCAUGCGUCCAAGAAUGUCCUGGACGGGCUGAACAUGUUCGAUGGCUCUGACCAUCUCUACUUCCAUUCCGGUGGGAAGGGUCAGCAUGAUCUUUGGGACAGUCGUCUGUUCAACUACGGCAGCCAUGAAGUCCUGAGGUUCCUUCUGAGCAACCUUCGCUUCUGGAUGGAAGAAUACAAGUUUGACGGCUUCCGUUUUGACGGUGUAACAAGUAUGCUUUAUGUCCACCACGGGAUUGGAACUGGAUUCUCUGGCGGAUAUCACGAAUACUUCGGCGGUUCAGUAGAUGGCGAAGGUGUGAUGUACCUGACCUUGGCCAACGAAAUGCUCCACAGUCUAUACCCCGAGUGCAUAACUGUGGCAGAGGAUGUAUCUGGAAUGCCUGCACUGUGCUUGCCGCACGCCCUUGGGGGUGUUGGAUUUGACUACCGACUUGCCAUGGCAAUUCCAGACAUGUACAUCAAGCUCCUGAAAGAGAAGUCGGAUAGUGAAUGGGACAUUGGCAACCUCUCCUUCACGUUGGUCAACCGACGUCACGGGGAGAAGACGAUUGCCUACGCGGAGAGCCAUGAUCAGGCGCUUGUUGGCGACAAAACUAUCAUGAUGUGGCUCUGCGACAAGGAGAUGUACACCCACAUGUCCGUGUUGACAGAGUUUACACCCAUCAUUGAAAGAGGCAUGGCUCUUCACAAGAUGCUCCGCCUGGUUACCCAUGCUCUCGGUGGUGAGGGUUAUCUCAACUUUGAAGGUAACGAAUUUGGUCAUCCCGAAUGGCUCGACUUCCCUCGUGCCGGUAAUAACAACUCGUUCUGGUACGCACGUCGCCAACUGAACCUAACGGAAGACCAUCUUCUCCGCUAUAAGUUCCUGAAUGACUUCGACCGCGCCAUGCAGCUAACCGAAGAGAAAUACGGCUGGCUCCAUUCCCCACAAGCAUACAUCAGCCUGAAGCACGAGGGUGACAAGGUCCUUGUCUUUGAACGUGCAGGCCUCCUCUGGAUCUUUAACUUCCAUCCUACAAACAGCUUCACAGACUACAGAGUGGGCGUUGAGCAAGCCGGAACCUACAGAAUCGUGCUUGACACCGAUGACAAGGAGUUCGGUGGCUUCGGUCGUAACCUUAAGGAGACGCGCUUCUUCACGACAGACCUGCCUUGGAACAACCGCAGCAAUUAUCUGCAGGUCUAUAUCCCGACGAGAACAGCACUGGUUCUUGCCUUGGAAGAGACUCUAUAG